GGAUAGAGAAACUAUUCACGUUUGGGUAUCAAACUUUAGAGCAACAGGUUCUGCACUGAAAAAGAAAUCGCCUGGCCGACCUCGGACCGUAACAAUGCCGGAAAAUGUGGCGCGUGUGAGAGCGUUCAUCCAGCAAUCUCCAAAGCGUUCAGCACUUAAACAUGCAGCUGCCCUGGGAUUGUCUGAUAGGAGUGUAAGAAGAAUCCUGCACAGAAAUCUACACAUGCACCCAUACAAAAUGAUGGUUACCCAAGAAUUAAGUGAGAGAGAUUUUGAAACUCGCAAAGCUGCGUGUGAGGACAUUCUUCAGAACAUUCCCUCUGGCGCUGUUUUGAUUUCAUCUGAUGAGGCCCACUUCCACUUGUCAGGUACUGUAAAUAAACAAAAUUUCCGCUACUGGUCAGCAGAAAACCCUCAGGAACUUCACCAACGACCACUUCACAGCCCUCGUGUGACAGUUUGGUGCGCCGUUGCUGAAUUUGGCUUCGUCAAUGUGUGAACAAUGGAGGACGCCAUUUACCGGAAAUAAUUUUUAAAACCAAGUAAUGUAAAAUAGCAUCGUAUUUGUUGUUCACAAAUAAAAGUAUUUUUUCUGUAUCUUUCUUUGUUUGUUUGUAACUGCCUUUUGAAAUACGGGAGGUCGAUUUGCCAGACCCUGUAUAAU